AUGUCCCGUCAUUGUCUAUUUUACGCGGACGGCCUGGACGACGGACUGUUCCUCGCGGGCGCCCGGGACGACGGACUGUUCCUCGCGGGCGCCCGGGACGACGGACUGUUCCUCGCGGGCGCCCGGGACGACGGACUGCUCCUCGCGGGCGGCCCGGCCCGCGACGUGACAGCGGUGGGCGGCCCGGCCCGCGACGUGCCAGCGGUGGGCGGCCCGGCCCGCGACGUGCCAGCGGUGGGCGGCCCGGCCCGCGACGUGCCAGCGGUGGGCGGCCCGGCCCGCGACGUGCCAGCGGUGGGCGGCCCGGCCCGCGACGUGCCAGCGGUGGGCGGCCCGGCCCGCGACGUGCCAGCGGUGGGCGGCCCGGCCCGCGACGUGCCAGCGGUGGGCUGCCCGGCCCGCGCGGUGUCAGCGGUGGGCGGCCCGGCCCGCGCGGUGUCAGCGGUGGGCGGCCCGGCCCGCGACGUGCCAGCGGUGGGCUGCCCGGCCCGCGCGGUGUCAGCGGUGGGCGGCCCGGCCCGCGCGGUGUCAGCGGUGGGCGGCCCGGCCCGCGACGUGCCAGCAGUGGGCUGCCCGGCCCGCGCGGUGUCAGCGGUGGGCGGCCCGGCCCGCGACGUGCCAGCGGUGGGCUGCCCGGCCCGCGCGGUGUCAGCGGUGGGCGGCCCGGCCCGCGCGGUGUCAGCGGUGGGCGGCCCGGCCCUCGCGGUGCCAGCGGUGGGCGCCCCGGGCCGCGCGGUGCCAGCGGUGGGCGCCCCGGGCCGCGAGGUGCCAGCGGUGGGCGCCCCGGGCCGCGAGGUGCCAGCGCUGGGCGCCCCGGGCCGCGAGGUGCCAGCGCUGGGCGCCCCGGGCCGCGAGGUGCCAGCGGUGGGCGCCCCGGGCCGCGAGGUGCCAGCGGUGGGCGCCCCGGGCCGCGCGAUGUUCCCCGAGGGCGCCCAGGACCACGAACUCUUCCACUUCCCCACGAACGUAGACGGCUGUGUACUACUCCAGUUUGUAGAUCAAUACGUACAGGUCCACCUGCACAUCUGCGACGACGAUGGCGUGUCUUCAUAUGAGAUGUCAUCGCACCAAAUACUGAAAAUAAAAGAAAGUUAUUAG